AUGCCACACAAUCAUCACGAAGGGCACUGCAGCCACGAGAGCAACGACAACGAUCAUGAUCAUGAUCAUGGAACCAGCGACCUUGGCCCAAAUGACAAUCUGUUCCCGCACAUCGACAGCGCUAACGUCGUCGCACUCAACGCCACAAGGGAAGGUUCAGUGGUCGUUAAACCCUGGAAUCAGAGGAACAACGAGGAAGCUUUUCUAGAGUCGGAUGCCGACGAUCAGUUAAUUAUACGUAUCCCUUUCACCGGAUCUGUUAGGCUCCGGUCUUUACUAUUGAAGACGGGCCCGGGUGACCAGACCCCAACGAAAGUCGCUCUGUUUUCCAAUCAGCCUAGCAUAGAUUUCAACGACGUUUCCGAUAAGGCGCCUGUUCAAGAAUUCGAUAUCCCUCAGGACAGGAAUAUUGCGGAGUACGCUGUCAAGACGGCAAAGUUCAACAACGUUUCCUCCCUGACGUUAUUCUUCCCCGCCUCGCAGGGUGCGGACACGACGAGGAUUUAUUAUGUUGGUCUCCUUGGUCAUUGGACUGAGCGCAAGAGCGAUCCAGUCAUCACCGUCUACGAAACUCAGGCUAACCUUGCCGACCACGAAAGGAUUCAGGGAACAGACGGCAAUUUCAGUACAACGCCAUCCUAA